UGAUAUGAUUGGCCAGUGAAGAGUAGGCCCCUUUUCUCCCUGGCUGUCUGAAGGUCUGCCGCCAUCAUGAAUGACACAGUAACUAUCCGGACCAGGAAGUUCAUGACCAACCGACUACUUCAGAGGAAGCAGAUGGUCAUUGAUGUCCUUCACCCUGGAAAGGCAACAGUACCUAAGACAGAAAUUCGGGAAAAACUUGCCAAAAUGUACAAGACCACACCCGAUGUCAUCUUUGUAUUUGGAUUCAGAACCCAUUUUGGUGGUGGCAAAACAACUGGCUUUGGCAUGAUUUAUGAUUCUUUGGAUUAUGCAAAGAAAAAUGAGCCCAAACACAGACUUGCAAGACAUGGCCUGUAUGAAAAGAAGAAGACUUCGAGGAAACAGCGAAAGGAACGCAAAAACAGAAUGAAGAAAGUCAGAGGGACUGCAAAGGCCAAUGUUGGAGCUGGCAAGAAGAAGAAAUGAAGUGUCUAGCAGGUACUGUAGCAGUGAGCUGGAGAUUGGAUAACAGCCAAAGGAAUAAAGAUCCUGCAUUGCCUUGACCUGCAGCGGUGACGAAUUUUUCACGAAGGGAUUAAUAAACUGUAAAAACCUGU